AUGAGCUAUCAAUCAUUGACUGUGAGUUGUUUGGAGGGAACUAGCCAUCUAUCUCUGUGCUCUUCUUUUUUCACAUUUUGGCAUGCUCAGGAGCAUGAUACAGUUCAACAUGAUGAAGGCAGCAAUCAAUCUUCUUCUGGAAACACUAUCAAUUUGGAAAAUCUAGGUGGUAUACACCAUACCCGGAGAUUCAGUGGGAAUGAAAGGCUACCUGGAGCUGUACUACUUGCAAGGGAAAGGCUUCUUGAAAGAUUGAGAGGUGUAUCUCUAUCCGAAAACAGGCGAAGCAACAGAGCUUCAUCAGGCAGGAAUCGCAAUGUCCUUACAUUUGGAGACCACUUUAGGCUCAUUGAUGCAGGGGAUUGGGAGACUGAAAUUUCGAGGGAGUGGUUAGCUGGAUUCACCGACUCAAUAUCUCAAACAGACCAGCUGUUAGUGCCACGAGAAACAAGCAAGAGACCACCCGGACUGACUCAAGAGGCUCUGCACCGUUUGCAGCUGGAGGUUUUCAGCAAAGCCAAAUAUAGCAGCGAAGGUGAAAUGUCGAGGGCAUCACAGGAAUGUAGUAUUUGUCUGGAGAGUUUCAUGGAGGGAGACGAGCUAAUAUGUUUGCCGUGUACGCAUAGAUUCCACUUGGGCUGCUUGGAUCCUUGGGUUCGGACUUGUGGGGAUUGCCCCUACUGUCGAAGAGUUAUAGUUGCAACCAGUCAUAUAGAGUGAUGAUGAGCAAACAUAUUGAUGACUUUAUUGAGAUUUUUCUUUAUUGUAUCUGGGGUUUGUUGAACAUUAUCUAAGUUUUGGGACUUGACCUGAUAAGAGUUGAUUUGUAAUUUGACUUUCAACUUUGUCUUAAUUUUGUUGUAAAUCAGGACAAAGUUAAAUUUAACUGUAAGCUAAGCUCUGUCAUUUGUUGAAUUCACUUGUGUUGUACCUUACUCUGCGAAACAUGCCUCUGUCUCUGUGGGUGUGUACAAGCACCUAUAAGAGUAUAGGUACUUCAAAACAAUUAGUGGUUUUAA